CCAAUUUUAGAGCUAGAAGAGACGUUUAGAUCGAUUGCUUCUCAUCUUGAAAAAAGCUUCCGUCUAGCAGAUGCCGAACUACACGGUACCUCCAGAUCCAGCAGACACUAGCUGGGAUUCUCCAUACAGCAUUCCAGUUCAGAUCGUUGUAUGGAUAAUUAUCAUUGUUCUAAGCUUGGAGACUAUCAUUGGAAAUGCUAUGGUCGUGAUGGCCUACCGGAUUGAGAGAAACAUCAGUAAACAGGUAAGCAACCGAUAUAUUGUUUCCCUCGCCAUAUCAGAUCUAAUCAUUGGCAUCGAAGGAUUUCCGUUUUUUACGGUCUACGUUCUGAAUGGGGACCGGUGGCCUCUAGGAUGGGUGGCCUGUCAAACUUGGCUGUUUCUUGACUACACGCUAUGUCUUGUGUCGAUUUUAACGGUUCUUCUGAUUACAGCCGAUAGAUAUCUCUCAGUGUGUCACACUGCAAAGUACUUAAAAUGGCAGAGCCCAACAAAAACGCAACUUUUGAUUGUUAUGUCCUGGUUGCUACCAGCAAUUAUUUUUGGUAUCAUGAUUUAUGGUUGGCAAGCAAUGACGGGACAAUCUACAAGUAUGUCUGGCGCUGAAUGCUCUGCUCCGUUCUUGAGCAAUCCCUAUGUGAACAUGGGAAUGUAUGUGGCCUAUUACUGGACGACACUGGUUGCGAUGCUAAUUCUUUACAAGGGUAUUCAUCAAGCAGCCAAAAAUCUUGAGAAAAAAGCCAAAGCCAAAGAGAGGAGACAUAUUGCGUUGAUUCUGAGUCAGCGGCUGGGAACGCAGGUCGGAGUUUCUUUAAUGCUCCAGUCAAAAGCGGAGAAGGAAAAAGCUGAAGAAGCUCAGAAAGAUAGUGGAUAUACAAGCAAUCAGGCUGGGGAUGCCAAUAAUCUACGGCGUUUUGGCUUUUCGGAGCCCGAAACAAGCCAAUUUCGAGUUGAUCCCAACUCAAAUAACAAUCUAAAUGUAGAGGGAUCUCUAAACACCGAGAAUGACCAAAACCUGGGAGUUAUUGAAGAAGAGAGAAGUGGAUUUCUCUCGAGAAGAGAAAGCAACGAAAGCUACUAUCCUGGUCCUCAUCCAACUGCGGCCAACUCUAGAAGGUGUAGUGAAAUGGAAAAAGUUUCCUUAUUGAGUGAAAGUGACGGAGUGCCGAGUACAAGGCCUGCAAAAUCUUAUGGCAGACUUUCGUUAAGAUCUCGAUACAGUGCUUCUGAAAGUAUAACAACAACACAUGAAAACGAUGAGAAAGAAGUAGAAAAAGCAGAUAGUUUACAAAAAUUGUUUGCUGACGACGAGCUCGGCUCCGUACUGAAUUUCAAAGAAGAAAAGCUAAAAAAUACGGAUUCCAAUAACGACAGUGAUACUACGUCUGUGAUAUUGCAAAGGAGUCGAAAGUACAAAAAGAAUAAGCGACCACGAUCAAGCCGUCGUUCUGAACAUUCCACUCCAAGGCAAAUUGCAAAGGUGAAACAGGCCGAGGGAACUGCUGCACAGCUCAUUGAGGAAAGUGUACCGGAUGAUGACCAAACUGAAACCAUCGAAGUGAAACGCACAGAUCGAUGGGUUGUCUCAAUGAAAAAACGAAUUGCAAGAGCAUUGAUACGUCGACGAAGUACGACGAGGCCAGAAAGAGGAAGUAGCAGCAACAGCGAUGAUUCUUCGUCUGAAGUUGAGGGUGAAGAGAAACCAGAAGUCAGAAACAACGGCCUCAAAAUUCCCCAGCUAACCGUUAACAACGAAAAUCGCGGAGAAACGUCUUCACAGCCCGGACGAGACCGUCUUGCACCACCCAAUAAAACUGAUACAUUUUUAAGCGCCUCGGGAGUCUCCAGAAAAAUUUCGACAAUCUCCACGGUCAUCACAAGGGAGAAGGUCAUUUCUUCAAUUUUUGCACCGAUUGCCGUCUUCAACAGAGGAAGAAAACAGACAAAAGCUGAAAAGAGGGCUCAUAAAGCAUUCAGAACAAUCACAUUUAUCGUAGGAUUUUUCGCAAUUCUUUGGUCACCGUAUUACAUAAUGGCAACAGUGUAUGGUUUCUGUAAAGGCGAAUGCAUACCAUCAUUUCUGUACACUCUAUCGUAUUACAUGUGUUACCUGAACAGUAGUGGUAACCCAUUUGCCUACGCUCUUGCCAAUCGUCAAUUCCGUUCAGCGUUUAUGAGAAUGUUCCGCGGGAACUUUAACAAAGUUGCAUAGAUCUGGAUUCAAAAUCACUUAAUGUUUUUCUUCACACAAUUUAUUGCGGGUUUCAAGUCUAUUUUUCCUCAAAACUAUGCUUGGAUAUGUUUUUUUUUUGAUUUUAUGAGCUUUUUGUAGAAAUCUUCUGAUGUUUUACUAUUUAUUGCUGACAGAAAUGAGAUUGAUCAUCAAUAAAUGGGUUUUAAAAUUA